GACCGGCAGCUGCCGUGACUCCACAACACAGUUGAGGCAACAGUCGGCGGGAGCCGUUGCGCAUGCGCUUGCGGCGCUCUGUACGUGUCGACUCAGCCGCCAAGGACGCGGUGGCAUCUCCGGCUAGCAGCGACAGCCCGGGCUCGGGAGUGGCUUCCUCGCCGCCAGCAACACGCAGAAGGCUGUCGGUGCGACGUAUCGCCCGCGGAGACUCUCCGGAGACGAUGGAGUGGGAGCGCAACAACACGGUGCGGCUGAUCGAGCUGAUCCGCGCGCGGCCCUGCCUGUGGGACGCGACGUCGCGGCGCUACACGGAGCGCCACUGCCGCCGCGACGCGCUCGCAGACGUGGCGCGCACGCUCGGCGUGUCGCUGCUGUGCGUCCAGAAGAAGUGGACCAACCUGCGCACGCAGUACUUCCGCGAGCGCACCCGCCUGCAGACGAUCCCGGGCCACAGCCCCAGGUGGUUCGGCUUCAACAUGAUGCGUUUCCUCGAGGACGGCCUUAUCGGUCAACACCAGCGCUCCUCUAGUGCCGGAAGUUCCGGCAUGGUCGUGUGGUGCCUUUCGUCAUCGCCCGAACAGGAGGUGGUAGACGAAGACUCGCGCGCCGACUCGUGCUGGGCGACCUCGUCGGCGGACUGCGGGAACUCUAGCAGGGACCCGGACGACGUGGAGAUCGUGAUCGAGCAGGCGCCGUGCGUCAAGCAGCAGGUGAAGGACCCGUUUGACGAGGACGAAAGCGAGUGCGAGGACGACGAAAGCUGCAGCAGCCAGCCGCAGUCGCCGACCCCGACGCCGCAGGUAGCGCUGACGAUGCCGCCGGCCACGCCGCCCCCGGCGCCCAGCCAGCCGACGCCGACGCCGCCCCCGCAGAAGAAGCCGCGCCACGCGCCCAAACCUCCGCCGCAGCCGCUUCUGCAGGCGCCGUCGACGUCGGGCACCUGCCCCCGGCAGCAGUCGCAGCCGCCAGCAGAGCAGCAGCCGCGGGUCAGCCAGAGCCAGCCGCCGCCGCCCCCGCCACCGCCGCCGCCGCCGCCGAGGCACGCCGACCCGCCGCGGCCACUGCCGGGGAGAACUGUUCAGCCACCGAUGGCUGCUGAAGAUCCACAGAGAGACUACUCACCACCACCUGCAGCUGCAGUCCGUGGAACAAAGCGCAGGGUGGAAGUUGUGGACCCUGUGGCCAUCCCGUCAACAUCAGUGGCCACUCCAAGCUUCCCCAGAGUCGCUGAGCCACGAGAGGAGGUCCAUGCCAUACUUCACGACCGGCUUGACAUGUACGCCCUGCAUGUGGCCAGCAGAAUACGCCAAAUACAGGAUCCCUACUUGCGCACAGUUGCCAUCAACCGUAUAGAUAAUGCACUCUUUGAUGCAGCCACUGCAGAACUGAUGGGUCAGCGGCCUCCAGCCAACACAGCCGCAACACACACCACCGCGCCACCUGCUGCAGCAGCAACAGCAGCCAACACUCAUUUCCCACCAGGCAAUCCACGGGCGGGAUGCCAUGGUGUCCAUAUGAUCGGCCCAUGCCACCAGGUGCCUCCAAUGCAGCCUGAUCAUCAAGGUACUACUUGGCAGAAUGGGCCAGUUGUGGAGGAUGUUGACUCCAAAGACAAUAUUUUUAUGAGGCUUUCCUGAGACUGGUAGUCCGGGGAAGUCACCCCACCAAUUUGUACUGUCAAGUGUAAAUCCUAUGUAAUGCAUGAAGAAGACAAUGACACUGAUGGUGAGUAGUCAACUAGACAUGGAGAGUGUACCUUGAUUCAUUGCUCUCUUCUUCACACUUCUUACUGGAAAACAGAUGAUCUCUAUAUUAACUGUUGAGCACAUAAUUUCCUUAAUAUUUUCAUGGAUCUAUUUCUGUUAACAUCGUGAAUAUGGAAUGUGUUCUGAAGACAGAUGUUACUAAGAAACAAAGAUUGUACUCAAAGGGAUAAUGAAUAUAAAAUGUCUACCGCUUAGUACUGUGUUAGUCUGAGCAAGUAUCAUAUUGAUUGACAUUCAUGUUUGUUUGCUGUGUGUAUGUGUGUGUGUGUGUGUGUGUGUGUGUGUGUGUGUGUGUGUGUGUGUGCACCCAUAAAUCAACAACAUUUCACAUUUUUUACAUAAAAAAUACAAAAUUGUCUAUGUAUUUAACAGCAAUGAUGAACUACAUUUUCUUCUGUUAUAUUCAUUUAUUAUAAGAACCCCUGGUUAAGCCUAUAUAUUUCACCUAGUUUCUCAAGUAUUAGGGGGUAGCAGAUCAUUUUCUUUAUGAAACUGGUCAAUAAAAUGUGUUUUUAAAGUGCUAUUGUUGUAACUUGAGAUUUAUAAUUCCAUUAUCCACAGCAUGGAUAUUUAUUGGUAUAUCGUUUAUUCAAUGAAUUUUCGUGCUAAUGUAUCACAGUAAUGUUGUCUGCAUAUCAGGCAUAGGUUAAUAUAUACAUUAUAGUUGCUGUCUUGAUGUAUUGAUUGUGACAACUGUAGUUGUAGUGUUAGUAGAGAAGUCAAUCACAGUAACUGUUUUGCAAAUGGUGAGCCUAUCAUCAGUGUUACAGCUGUGUAGGGAGACCCACUGUCAUUUUUUGAAGAGAAGAGUUGGUUGACACUCAUUGUUGUCUUUAAGUCUGAAGUGUCAUACUAUACAGUAAUGUAUGUGUCAGUUGUAAACAAAUUAAAAAUUGCUAACUGGUACCUCUGUCUCCAUUGUAGUAUUUAUGGUGAUUACAAUUGUUUCAUCAUGAUUUGUGCUCAUUUUUUUUCAUUUUGGUUUCUUCAAGCGACAGCUACAGUUUACAUGAAAUAGGUUACCUCAUUUAAGUGAAUACAUUUCCAUUAGCCCUAUGAAAUCCUUUCCUCAUUUUUCUAGCUGUUGAAGCAUGUCUUUUUUGGACAGUUAUAUUUUGUUUCUCUGCACUGAAGAUUUUGUCUGCUUAGUUGGUUAUCCGUCUUCCUGGAAACUGUGGAAUGUCUCUAAUAUCAGUUCCUUAUGCUAAGAUGUGCUUAAAGAGUUUCCCAUAUGUUUCAUUUUGUCUCUUGAUUCAGCUUUUGUUGGGAUGUAUCUGGCCAGAGGAGUACUUUGUAUGUAUUGUCUCAUAUAACUAAAGAAUAAUUGUGUAAAUAUAUUGUUGGAAAGUGAACCAUUUUUUGAGAAUGUUAAGCUAAUAAACCUGUGCAGAGUACAAGUAGACUGAAAGAAAGUUGAGAUACUCAACAAAAAAAAUUAAUAGAAUCAAUAAGAAUGGUUGAUGAAUUAAUAGACAACAUUUUGAUUAAAAUGCAACGAUAAUGAUCAACAAUAACCAAAUUAAAAAGUGACAUAUUGAAGAAGAAAACUAUUCACCAUUUUUUUUCCAACAGCUACACAGUCUAAAGUAACAAUGUAUGAAGUACUUGAUUAGGGAAGAGUAGUAGAAAUGAAUCUGAAACAGCCUGUAACAUUAUCAUGAAGACAGUCAUACUAAUUAGACAUGAUGCCUUUAAUAUGACAUUAGGGAGAAUUUGACCUCCUACCUUCACAGCUAAUAAUUCUAUGGAGGGAAUAGGGUUAUAAUACUUGCAUCUCAUCAAAAUUCACACAGAGUCUUGGAUCCACUCACUUAGCAGGCAAAUAAUGUAUGUGUUCAUUUUUUUCUCUGAAACAUUUUCAGCAACAAUAAGGAUUUCAAAUGUAAUCUUGAGAGGUCCUAAUGGCUUCAUUAUUUCAAACAGUAUACUCACUGAAUGUUUUUAUUACACUUACUUCAAAUUUAAUCCAAGGAAUGUGGCAUGUUACUGUACAUCUGUAAAGAAUACUAUGAAACACUGUUCUUGAUAUUCUGUUAACUUAAUUGUCAAUGCAUUUUACAACACAGUCAUUCAAAUGUUACAGACCGAACAUCUCAAAUAGGAAAGGUGAAUCUUGAGAAUGAAACAACACAGAAGUUGACAUCAUUAGCUCUUCUGGUGUUAUUUGGGAAACAUGAUAAUGAAAGGCUCUGAAUUAAUUUUUGGUUGAAUGAAAGGAAAACUUAGAGAAAUAAGUAUAAUUAAUAGUUAGGAAAAAAACAUGACAAAAAUGCCAGUGGAAAUGUAAAUAACAGUAACCUUAAGUAGUAGCAGUAUUGAUGAUACUAACCAAAAGAAAUAAUUUUGUCCUUACAAAGGAAAUGCUAUUUUUAAAUAUAGUGUGGAUGAAGUUUCUACCAGUGCUUCAUAAUAAGUCAAUCACUUUUACCCAUUCUACACUAUUGAUAGUAACAGCAGAUAUAGUACAGGAUUUUUAAAUUUUGUUUAUGUCCCUUUUUAAAAAUAGCAUAUAUUCAGGCUAAGAUCAUGUUGGUUACUGUUGUGUUUGAUAGAACUUUAGCAACUUCAUAUUUCCCAGUAUUAGAUAACCUUCACAUAUAAAUGUUAGUAUAGAAAUCAGAAACAUCAGGAUACAUUUAUGCUGAGAUGGAUAGGAUUAUACUAAGUAAUUUUAUUGCUAUGACACUUGUUAACAAUACAAAGUUCUCUGGUUUGAUUUUAUGUGGAACUACAUAAAUGUUAUUGGUGUGAUGAAAUGAAUUAACUACGUGUGGUUACAGAUUAAUAUGAGAUAUCUCAAUUCUGGUGAUAAAACUCUAUUUGGAUGUGUUUCAUAUUUAGUACUGCGUUGGUAUUCAAGAUUAUGUGGUGAAUCUGUUUAUGAAAACUUCCUUCAGUGAUCUAAAUAACAAUCUUACUUCUUGUGGACAGUUUUCAUUCCAUUUAUUGAUUACUUUUUCUCACAAGCACAAGAAACAUUGCACCUAUAUCGUAGACCAGAACAUCUGGAAAUCCAUAUCUAUUCAUGUACCAAUGUAUAACUUAGCAGAAAGAACCCAGGGUAAUCCCUACUGUUGGUUUUGGUGUUUCAGUGUAAUCGGUACUCAUAAUCAUUAUACAUCUCAGUAAGUGUUAUGCCUAAUAUUUUAGUCCAAGUUUAGAACUGGAGUAGUUAACAUAUACUAGAACAGUCAACUAUUAUUUGAUGUAAAUAUCUUGUAUUGUUUCAGUUGUACAAAUUUUAUUUCUGCAUUUGUCUGCAGUGUUACUGGUAUAUAUUUGUAAUGGCUGUCACUGUAUAAUGUGUCUUGAAUCUAAUCGAAAUA